CUUCCAUUUCAUUUAUAUGAUAUUUACAAGUUAGCAAAAAAAAAAACACAAUUUAGUGAGAAGCGUUGUUGCUCUUUCUUCCAAUUCCUGGCAGCUUACUUUCGAGCUCUCCCUUUUUGGCUCAUGGAAUCUCUAAGAUCAAAGUGCAAAAAUCUCAUCAUUAGCAUAAACUGUUUCGGAUGCUGCAAUAGAGAAAGACCUUUAGUUGUGGAAGUCGAUGAGCCAUCAAAGGGACUCAAAAUCCAAGGAAGGGUAGUGAAGAAAGAUGGUGGUUCAUCAGAUGGUCUCUGGAGCACAAGUACAUGUGAUAUGGACCACAAUAUCACGAUUCGGUCCCAAUCUUCAAACCCGCUUUUUGAUCCCCAAUGCAGCACAAGCAACUCUACCGAAUUUGUAAACCAUGGUAACUAUCUGAAUGUUCUAAGGCCUAGCUAGGUUGUUUUAGAUGCCAAGAACUUAUGUGUUUGCGUUCGUAUUUUCAUUCCCGUGUACCAUUUGGCAUAUACAAUUAACAAACGAAUUAUACUAAAGGCCUUGUUCUUUACGAAGUCGCUAGCGACAACUUCCGGCUAUUGAAAAUUACACUUAUUUCUCCCUUCUUUGUGUCGCUAGGUUUUUGAUGUGAGAUCAUUUCUUCCUCAAAAUUCUCCGUGAUAGGUAUCCCAGAUGUCGCUAAAUUUUGUAGCGUCCAUUAUAUCCGACGCGGCGACUCAAUUGCUCUUCGUUUCUCACCGUCUCUCACUUAUAACUUGUCGCUGGUUUUAGAUCCAAUUAAAAAUUAAGUUGUUUUUUCAGUUGCUCAUUAAUGUCGCUAGCGACAUAGAAAAGAACAAGGCCAUUGUUAAAGGAGAUGGUGCAUUUCCUUGUUGAUGUUUGGGAUCGGAGGAAGAAGGAUAA